AUGUCUGCUAAAUCGAAUGCAGAUGAUAAUUUGUUGAAAUUAGCCAUUUUCAAGAAAGAGUUAGUAAAUUACCCUGUUAGGAGUGAUAUACGAAAUCUUUUAAACAAGUCUGACAUUAAUUAUGCUGUGUCACUUGGUAAUUCCGGUAGAUCCCAUUGCCAAAAUCAAUGGCUGGGUAACACAGCUCUACAUUUUGUUGUAGAAACAUAUUCAUGCAAUUUAAAGCUAUUGGAAUUCAUGUUGAAUCUUGGUGCCGAUGUCACUUGCAAAAAUAACCAUGGUUUCACUCCGCUGCAUUUAGCCUACAGAAAGAAUUCAAAUAAAGAUGUGAUUGAUUUGUUACUAGCGGCUCAGAUCAAAUUUAAUAAUAACAAAAAUCCUACCUCUAAAGACAAUAUAUCCCACAUGCACAUUGCCUGUGUAAUGAAGAAUUUGGAAGCUGUAAAAUUUUUUUUGAAAAGUGGAGCCCAAAUAAACGAAGCAAUCAGCAACGACUCAAAGUUAUUUCCUGCUUUGACACCUUUACACUUGGCCAUACACAAUGGUGAUGAGAAAAUGGCCCAUCUUCUCUUACAGCGUGGUGCUGAUUACAACUGCGUCAAUGCCCGUGGGAUGAGCCCAGUGCAUUUGUUGAUUGAAACUCAAAUUUAUUUCAAUUCUUAUACGGGAUCAAGUAAUGUUCGGGAAAGAAGACUCCGAAGUAAUGAGAGAAUCUACAACAUGAUUUUGAAAUCGAGCGAAUAUGCAUUCAGGGCUACCGACAGUAUUGGGUUGUCUCAGUUCCAUACAUAUUGUACGAUAAUUUACAACUUUGAAUUCGAAGAGUGGAACAAAUUUUUAAAUAGUAAUGUGGAUAUCAAUGCCUCGUUAAGUUCAAGUUCUCCAGUAUGGCCUAAUUAUACACCAUUACAUUUUGCUGCACAUUGUAAUUUGAAAACAGUACUAUUACUCUUGAGCAGUGGAGCAAAUCUAAUGGCCAAGGACGCAAAAGGCAAAACUCCGCUUGAUAUAUGUCUUGAAACUUACAGUCCAUUGGAACUGAGCACCAUUUUUAAGACUCAAAAAGAUGGAAUUGGCGCCAUCAAAUUUCAAAAUGGCGAGAAUUUAGCAGAUGUCAUUGCAGAGUUAGAUACUGAAAGCAAGUUGACGACCUAUCUGACAAAUCCAAACGUUUAUGUCAAUAAUGCCAUCUCAAAUGACUCGAUCCUCUGGCCAGGCUUCACUCUGUUACAUUUGGCUGUUAUGCUGUCACCAGGAAUGAAUAGAUCUAAAGUCUGCGUGUGUCUAAGACAUAAUGCUGAUAUCACGAUUAGAGAUGCCAACAAUAUGACUGCCUUUCAUCUAGCCUUUCGUUUGGGAAGAAAGAGAUGUGUUCUAGACAUUUUAAACUUUCACCAUUCAUUUCCCGCCAAUCCCGUUGACAGUGAAAACUUGUCGCACUUUCACAUCAUUUGUUCAGCUUAUAAUGGUGCUACGAAAAAAAUGGUUGAUAAGUUUAUGAUAAAUGAUCCGAGCCCCAACGAAGCGAUGCCAAGUAGUACAAGUUUUAAGUGGACUAUAACUCUGUCUAGUCCCGUGAAACACACCGUCAUACCUGCUGGCGCAAGACCCCUUCAUAUUUCCGCUGCUAUAGAACAUCCACAAUUGGCAAAGUUACUUCUUGAGCACAAUGCUGAUUCCAAUCUUCUUGAUGCUGAGGGCUAUACAUGGUUGCACCGAGCAUUCAUGAAUCUCAAAGGUUCGUCUCUCAAAGAGUUCGCGUCUCUGUUCUGGCUCGAUGACAAAUCUUUGGAAUCAAAUCACACGGCUCCAGGUAAAUUGUCUCAUUUUCACGUAGCCUGUUAUGCUAUGAAUUCAAGAGCUGUCAAGGCAUUGCUACCACUCCAAGAUAACAUAAAUGAGCCCAUCAGUAGCGAAGUAAUGAAGCAUGUCAAAAAUCCUAAUAUAUGUUUAGGAGAUACUCCAUUACAUUUGGUAAUUAAACACUUGGACAUUUAUUCUACCCAGUACUCCGAGCAAAUCAUUGACUUGCUCUUGACAAAUGGCGCUGAUGUAAGAGUCGUAAAUCAAAAAGGCCUGACUCCUUUUCAUGAGCUUUUACUGAAACGUAAUACUGGUCACGAAUUAAUCGAACGUUUAGCUUUAGAAUUUUACAAGAAAAAAAGGUGGAUUGAUAAAACUGGACUUACACAGUUGCACGUAGCUUGUGUUUUGAAGGACACAUCGCUAAUAAAAAAGUUGCUUGGAAAACAAGAAGGUAUCAACAGCCAGAUCAAUAGUGAUUCGCCACUAUGGCCUAGCACAACUCCUCUUGACCUACUACUCAGAAAUGAAUAUCCAGAAGUUGAUGAAGCUGUGAAAUUGGUACUCAAUCGUAUGAUUCAAUGUAUCGAAGACUCGCUUGAAGUUAAUGAAAGAUGCACUCGAUCAGCCAAGUAUCGAAAAACUGAAUUAAAGGCACAAUGCCAAUGUUAUUUUGUCAACCAAGAUGGACUGUCAGCUUUCCAUGUGAGCUGCAUGGGAAAAGAUCCUAUUAUUGUUGAAAAAUUUUUUAAAUUGGGUGUUGACAUUAACGAGCCCAAAGAUUAUUUUGCGUCUUCAGAUGCUGGUUAUACUCCUCUUCACUUUGCAAUAAAAUAUUCAAGUAGCCAAGCUGUGCUGGAGUUGCUGUUAUCGCAUGGCGCUAACAUCAAUCUAGAGGACUCAAAUGGUUAUACAUCUGUAUACGUGGCUGCUGUAAACAAACCAGAAAAUAUCAAAACUAUUUCUAGAUAUGGAACAAUCGACAUCUCAAGUAAAAACUCGUUUGGUUACACUAUCCUUGAUUUACUUUUGAGAUGUAACGAGGCAAGCAAUAAAUCAUUUUUGUAUCUUCUUAAAUAUGGUACAGGAAUGGAAAAUGUUGAGUUAACCGUUAAAAUUAAUCUUGUAAAAAAAUUUGUGCAUACUUUUGAUUACCUCAGUUGCAAAUCAUUAUUUAAAUUUAUACCUGGUUUGGAUGCCGUUGAUGAUAGUAAUCGCAAUUUCAUUCACCAUUUCAUCACGAACAACACCUACGAUUUCAACAAAAUCGCUAAUAACAUUGAGUUGCUCAUUAAACAUGGCUGUAAACUUGAUCAUCAAGACAAAUCAGGAAAAACACCUCUUCACCUUGCAGUGAUUUCACAAUUGCCAGACAAUAUAAAGACCCUACUAUCAGUUGGAGCUGAUGUAAAUAUAAAAGACAAACAAGGACAAACUCCGUACAUGUUAUGUUUCACCAAAAUAAAAAAUGAACACCACUUGAGCAUAAUAUGCAGUGCAUUUCACAAUCAUGUGCUGAAUCUUAAGAUCCUUGGCUUGUACAUUGAUCCCAAAAACGAAAAUUGCUAUGAAAGAACAGUGUGUGCACAAAAAAGAAUGUUAAUUGUAUUGAAUCAAAAAUAUUUAAGAAUCAAUUGUAAACGAAUGAGUUUGCGCGCGUAUUUUACAGAAGUUAUACAAAAGUUUACUUUGAUGCCUUCUCACCAUCAACUUGCAAUUUAUAAUUUUUUGGAGAAAAACAAGAGAAUAAAUUUAUUUUCAGAAUGGUCAAUCCUCAAAACACUUUUAAAACGAAUAUGUGAAAGAAAAGUUUUAUUUGAAUCUGCCAUUGAUGCUUUGCAUAAUCUCCUUGACCCACGGUUAGCUCAACACUGUUUGGAGUCUAUCUUAUUAAAUUUACCAAACCAAGAUUUAAAAAACAUAAUUCAUGCGCUAUAAUAAAGACUACUCAUAUUUGAUCGUGUGUUCACGAUUUGAUAAUUAAAAAUAAUAUAAUACGAGAUAGAA